AUGGAAUCGUCAACCAGCAGCACGAUUGAUCACACCACAGAAAAGCAAGAAGAAGCAACAGCAAUCCAGGUCGCUCUUCUCGCCCUCCGAGGCGAUCGGCAUCGCCAUUUACACAGGAAGUCCCAGGUCCCUGAAUUGACGUCUCUUCCCAGAGAACCACAAGGUAAACACAAAAAGAAUGCCUUUCAUGUACUCACCCGGCAGCUUACUGCACGGUGCUCUCGCCAUUCCCGCAGUAUUUCCAGUUGCUCUGGCCAUCGUCACCACGGCCACCACGACCCUGACCACCACGGACACGCCCACCACGGACACGCCUACCACGGACACCGUGGUCACCGCGUCCACCGCGCCCACCCCCACGACCACCACCCCCACCACGACCGGUUCGACCAGUCUGACCACCACAACCAGUUCGACAACGACGACCAGUUUGACUUCUUCGAACACAAUGACGACCGUGACCACUGGGAGCAACAGGAUCAACAUGACUACCACGAACGCCUUUACGAUGCCGAUUUUGGACUGUCCGAGGAGUUGAAGUACGUAAAUGUCGCCUACAACCGUAACGAUGCCGACCUAUCUGAGUGGGAGCUCUUCGAGAUCGCGAAAGACGCCAUCCAAAGCGGCAGCGCCACGGUCACCGAAAAUCCCAUCAUGAACGUGCAACGUCUCGUGUGGUCCAUCAAGGUUGAGGGCCGCUUUCCCACCGAGGCCCAUGUCCUCAACGAGGCGUACGCCAUUUUCAGUCGGAUGCAGCUAGAUACGGAGUUUGAGCGAGGUAAUGCUUGGUUCCCUCGUCCCUGGGUUUUUCGUUCUCCUAAUACGAAUGUCUAA